GGCUCAAGCAAAGGCUACUGCAAGGAGCACAGAAUGAAGUUUUUUUUUUUUUUUGAAUCCAACUGAGGCAAAGAUUAUCUAACUCGAGUAGUAGGAGUGCGCUCACCCCCUCUGUUUGGGGAAGUUCCCUCUCUCUCUUCUUUGGUGUUCAAACUCGAGUAGCAGGAGUGCGCUCACCGCCUCCGUUUCGAGAGACCGGCUCUGAACCACCACGAAAGCCAUGCCCUCCCCUUCCCCAAGAUGGAAGCCCCUUCCCUUCUCCUCUACUCUCCUCUGCCCUUUAUCUUUCUCUCCACCUUCUCACGACAGCCCUAAUUCAACCCUGCUCUCUUCUCCUUCUGGUUCUCCGGUGAGCGAGAGAAGCGGCGUCGAGGGGGGAAGGAGAAGAGGAACAGGAGGAGAUGGGGCGAGGCAAGAUUGAGAUCAAGCGGAUCGAGAACUCCACCAACCGGCAGGUGACCUUCUCCAAGCGGCGGAAUGGGAUCAUCAAGAAGGCCCGGGAGAUAAGCGUGCUCUGCGACGCCCAGGUCUCCGUCGUCAUCUUCUCCAGCUCCGGGAAGAUGUCCGAGUGCUGCAGCCCCUCCACCACGCUGCCGAGGAUGCUGGAGAAGUACCAGCUGAACUCCGGCAAGAAGCUCUGGGACCUCAAGCACGAGAAUCUGAACGUUGAGAUCGACCGGAUCAAGAAGGAGAACGACAACAUGCAGAUCGAGCUGCGGUUUAUUUUGGAAUUCUAUUUUUGGAUUUAUUUUAACUCUUUCAGCUGGCUAAUUUUGUUUUGUUUGGUUUUUCGUGGUGAUUUCUGCAUGGUGAUGGUUAGGCAUUUGAAGGGUGAGGAUCUGAACUCACUGAACCCAAAGGAACUCAAUCUAAUUGAAGAUGCCCUUCAAAAUGGUCUCGCCAGUGUUAGGGGCAAGCAGAUGGAGUUCUUGAGGAAGCUCAAGAAGAAUGAGAGAUUGCUGGAAGAGGAGAACAAGCAUCUGACUUUUCUAUUGCACCACCAGGAAUUGGCAAUGAAUGCAAAUGUAAGGGAACUGGAGCUUGGGUAUCCUCUGAAAGAUAGGGAUUUUGCAUCCCAGAUUCCGAUAGCCUUCCGUGUGCAACCAAUCCAACCUAAUUUGCAAGAGAACAAAUGAUAUGAAUGUCUCCUCAUGUUCAGUUAGUCUUGUGAUUUGGUGCUAAAUUGUCUGUGGACAUGUAAUAUCUUGUUCUUUUCUGCACUCUUACUAUUUUCCCUCUGUUUGAAUUGGCAAAAGGACUCAUUACGAUGUGCUAAUAGAUGGAUGGUUUAACUUAAUUAUACAAGGGUUGUUGUCAUA